UUUGCACAGUAAAUAUGCUCGCCAACGCAUCAAAUCUACUAAAGAGUCUCACACUCAUAUUAAUUUUUGUUCAAAUAAAUUCAACAAUUGGAGCUGAAGAAGAAUGUGGUUUGCUGGAUCCAACCUUUUAUGCUCUAUCGAAGAAUGUGGCACAUAUAAAUGAAUUUCCAUGGGUUGGUCGAAUAGCUUACAAAAGUGAAACCGAUCCUAAAAACACGACUUACUAUGCUUGCAUUGCGGUAUUAAUAAGCAAAAGCCAUAUGCUAUCUCGCGCCCGUUGCUUUAUAGAUAAAACACUAAUGCCAAAUUUAGUAAUUCUAGGUGAUUGGGAUAUAGCAAACAGUGUAACUAAACGCGAUUGUAUGCACAAAAAUAGUAGCUGCAAUGAAGUUCCUCAACAAUACAGUAUUAUGGAAGUCGCAUUACAUCCAAGGUUUCAAAAUCGUACCGGUAAUAAUGAUAUAGUAGUAUUGACGCUUGCGACAGAAGUUAAUAUAACAGAAUUUGUCAGACCAAUUUGUUUGCCACCUGAAGAAUGGUCUCCAAACGAUCAUUUAGCGCAAUACUUACGAUAUGUAGGAUAUCAAAAUUCAAAAAAAAAUUCAAAAAUGCUGAAAACAAUGGGUAUGGUCAUAAGCAUGAGAACAUGCCAAAAUAAUAUGGGCGGAUGGUUACCCUAUAUAAACGAUACAAAUAUAUGCUUAAGUCGUGCACAAAGCCAUAACCUUAUUUCAGGUUCACCUGUUAUGGGAGUUACAAUUAAAGAUGGAGAGCCACAUAACUAUUAUUUAAUCGGUUUAUUAGAUAGUAAAAUAUUGGCAUAUAUAAGUUAUUAUGACAUUUUUAUAAGAGUCGCACCUUAUUUGGAUUUUAUUAAAACUAAUAUGAAUAAGUCGUGUGAUUAAAUCAAUAUGAUUUAUAAGACAAGUAACAAUUGUAAAA